GUGACACCAGAGGCAAACUCUAGCUUCAGCAGUUUUUUUUUUUUUCAACCAUGGAAGAACUUCAACAGCUCGAACAACUAUCACUUGUAUCUAAGAUUUGUACUGAAUUGGACAAUCACUUGGGUAUCAAUGACAAAGAUCUAGCUGAGUUUAUAAUCAUGCUAGGAGAAAGGAACACUACUCUUGACAAGUUUCAGGCAGCUUUAGCAGAAAAUGGUGCUGAAUUUCCCGACUCUUUUGCAUCCAACUUGUUGAGACUGAUUCAAAAAAUGAAACCUAGAUUGGAAAAACGUGAUGAUAAACCAGAUUCCUCUGUUAAUGAAAACAAAGUUGCAGCUGCAGUGCAGAUAAAGAGAAAGGCAUUCCCAGGACUUUGCAUACCAGAUCAAAUGAGUGAGAGUAUAAGUAAAGGAAGUGAAGAUGAUGAACAAGUGGCAUCAUCAGCUUUAGGAGAGAAUGAUGUGAAAAGGAAUCUUAAGUUGUUGUUACAUUGUUAUAGAAGAAGACCAAGGUCACGAUCUCGAAGUCCAAGGCACAACAGAGACAGACAUAGGGAUGGAGAUCGCGAGGGAGGAAGGAAUAGGAGAAGGAAAAGUAGAUCUCCAAGUAGAGGAAGGAAUCACCCAAGAGACAGACAUGGUAGUAGCCAUGUGGAAAAAGCCCCACCUACAACUCCAGUUGUGAACCAGAUUUACAGUGGAAAAGUUACCACUGUCAUGCAGUUUGGUUGCUUUGUUCAAUUGGAAGGAUUGCGAGGACGACAUGAAGGCUUAGUGCAUGUGUCACAGCUGCGCCGUGAAGGUCGAGUAGCUAAUGUGAGUGACGUGGUGCAUAGAGGUCAAAAGGUUAUGGUAAAAGUUCUCUCCAUGGCUGGUAGCAAGAUAAGUCUGAGUAUGAAGGAUGUGGAUCAAGAGUCGGGAGAAGAUCUGAAUCCCACCAGGUCUAGACAAAAUGUUGGAGGUGAGGUCAACAACAUGGCUAGGAACCCAGACAGACCAUCUGGCAUCCCUGUAGUCCCAGUCUAUGAAGAAGAGGAACCAAACUCCAGGCGAAAAGUUCAGAGGAUAACGUCACCAGAGAAAUGGGAAAUAAAACAGCUUAUCUCAGCUGGUGUAUUGGACAAAGCAGACUACCCAGAUUUCGAUGAAGAGACUGGUAUCCUGCCCAAAGAUGAUGAUUCAGAUGAGGACAUUGAGAUUGAAAUAGUUGAUGAGGAGCCAGCUUUUCUGAGAGGUCAAACAAAAUUGAGUGUAUCUAUGAGCCCUGUAAAAAUUGUGAAGAAUCCUGAUGGUUCCCUACAAAGAGCGGCCAUGACUCAAAGUGCCUUGGCCAAGGAAAGAAGAGAACUUAAACAAGCCCAAAGAGAAGCACAGGCAGACAGCAUUCCAAAAGAUCUUGGAAAACUGUGGAUUGAUCCUGUCCCCGAUGUGGACGGUGAUAAACCAAUCUUCGCCCAAGAUAUGCGAGGAGUUGGAUUGACCAAUGAAGAUAUGCCUGAAUGGAAACGGGCUACAUUUGGAGGGAAUAAAGCUUCAUAUGGAAAGAAAACGAAUUUGAGUAUAUUGGAACAGAGGCAAGGAUUACCUAUCUACAAGCUUCGUGAAGAAUUGCUAAAGGCCGUGAUUGAAAACCAAGUUUUGAUCGUCAUUGGUGAAACUGGUAGCGGGAAAACAACACAAAUAACGCAGUAUCUGGCAGAGGAGGGCCUUUUAAGCACAGGAAAACUUGCUUGUACUCAGCCAAGGCGAGUGGCAGCUAUGUCAGUCGCCAAACGAGUCUCAGAGGAGUACGGCUGUCGACUUGGACAGGAAGUAGGGUACACCAUACGGUUUGAAGACUGUACGAGUUCCGAGACCAAGAUUAAAUAUAUGACGGACGGUAUGCUGCUUCGCGAGUGUCUUCUCGACCCGGAUUUAAAUCAAUACGCCAUAGUGAUUCUCGAUGAAGCACACGAGCGCGGGAUAAAUACCGAUGUUCUCUUCGGGUUGAUGAAAAAAACCGUGGAAAAGCGAUCCGAUUUGAAGUUGAUUGUAACCUCGGCCACGCUGGACGCAGUCAAAUUUUCUACGUAUUUCUUUGAGGCUCCCAUUUUCACGAUCCCAGGACGGACUUUUCCGGUCGAGAUUUUGUAUACAAAAGAAGCAGAGACAGAUUACCUGGAUGCAUCCCUUAUCACCGUCAUGCAGAUCCACUUGACUGAGCCACCAGGAGAUAUUCUUGUGUUUUUGACAGGUCAAGAAGAAAUCGACACUGCAUGCGAGAUUUUGUACGAGCGUAUGAAGAGCUUAGGACCGGAUGUUCCUGAGUUGAUUAUUCUGCCAGUUUAUAGUGCUUUGCCAUCAGAGAUGCAAACAAGAAUAUUUGACCCCGCACCACCUGGCAGCAGAAAGGUGGUAAUUGCCACUAACAUUGCUGAGACAUCGUUAACAAUUGACGGUAUCUACUAUGUGGUUGAUCCGGGAUUUGUGAAGCAAAAAGUCUACAACUCCAAGUCCGGAAUUGACGCUUUGGUCGUCACUCCCAUCUCGCAGGCUCAAGCUAAGCAGCGCUCUGGCCGAGCGGGAAGAACGGGGCCUGGUAAAUGCUAUCGACUGUACACGGAGCGUGCGUACAGAGAUGAGAUGCUGCCGACCGCUGUACCUGAAAUCCAGAGAACAAACUUGGCAAGCACUAUACUGUCACUUAAGGCUAUGGGAGUCAAUGAUUUGCUUUCCUUUGAUUUUAUGGAUCCACCGCCCAUGGAGACCAUGAUUUCAGCUAUGGAACAGUUACACUCACUUAGCGCCCUGGACGAUGAAGGCCUGUUAACUAGACUUGGGAGACGAAUGGCGGAGUUUCCACUAGAGCCACAAUUGUCGAAGAUGUUAAUUCAGUCAGUACAUCUGGGCUGCAGUGACGAGGUGCUAACCAUUGUUUCCAUGCUGUCUGUACAAAACGUCUUUUACAGGCCCAAGGAUAAGCAGGCUCUUGCUGAUCAAAAGAAAGCUAAGUUUCACCAGGCUGAAGGAGACCACCUCACAUUACUCGCUGUCUACAACUCGUGGAAGAACAACAAGUUCUCAAAUCCAUGGUGCUUUGAGAACUUUGUGCAGGCGAGGUCACUGAGACGAGCUCAAGACAUCAGAAAACAAAUGCUUGGCAUUAUGGACAGACACAAGCUUGACGUGGUGUCUUGUGGCAAGACGACAUCCCGGGUGCAAAAAGCCAUUACGAGCGGUUUCUUCCGCAACGCCGCCAGAAAAGAUCCACAGGAAGGCUACCGCACAGUGACGGAUAACCAGGUGGUGUACAUUCAUCCGUCCAGUGCGCUGUUCAACCGGCAGCCUGAGUGGGUGGUUUAUCAUGAGCUCGUUUUAACAACCAAGGAGUACAUGAGAGAGGUCACUACUGUUGAUCCUAAAUGGCUGGUUGAGUUUGCGCCCGCGUUCUUUAAGAUGGGAGAUCCCACCAAACUGAGCAAGCGUAAAAGGCAGGAGAGAUUGGAGCCGUUGUACAACAGAUACGAAGAACCAAAUGCUUGGCGUAUUUCUCGUGCCUUCAGGAGAAGGUGAACAUUAUGCUUACAAUGGUAACCAAUGUGACCACUUGUCAACUGAUCAUGAGGCUGAGCUCAAUAAACUGCUUGUAGAAGAUCUGUUAUCAAUAUCAUUUGCGGUGUAUUUCGGAUGGGAAAAAAUAUCACGUGAAUGAUCCUUUUUUUUAUUUUAUAAAGAAGCUAACUUCAGUGUGUCUUAUGUGUUAACUUUAACUGUCACACAAGCCAGCCGAAAUGUCUUGAUCAUAUGACCCGUAGAAUAGAAUCUUUACUUAUACACGAUAAGAAUUAAAGCUAAAAAAGCGUGUGGGGUCGUGUACUUAAUAAAAUAGUAUCUAGCCAAGUAUUGAUUAUACUAAGACACAUUUCAAACUAAAUAAGAAACUAUAAUAUAGUAUUUCGCGUAAUCUCAUAGAAAACCGUAGUAAAAGCUGAUGUGUGUAGGGCCGGACAGGUUGACGUCACCCGGUCCGGAAAAAGCCGUCCGGUCCUAGUGCACUUGUACGGCUUUGUUGCCAAAGAAAAAAAGAAAGAAGCAUUGUUCGCUUCUGUUGCAAAAAUGAGUGACAGCAGCAAACAACAAUGAGAAAAUAAGACACGUUUUUCAAUGAAUUGUGAGUUUCUUGUUCUGACUCGAAAAAAUAAAGGAAAACUUUUCAUUGUGGAAUCUCAA